AUGAAGAAUGAUUCAUCUCAACACAUUUAUGCCUGGUUCGAUGUUUCCAAUAAUCUCGAUGAUGAACGCAAUUGGAUUCGAAAAUACGUGGAAUUCGACCGCAGUAAACGUACAUUGACAUUUUAUUCCAAUGACUGUGUUCGAUCAAUAAAACAAGCACCGAUCGUUGAUUUAAACAGCGAGAUGAUCUCGUUAUCAUCAUCAGCAACAUCAUCUUCCUCAUCAUCAUCACUUUGUGCUUCAUCAGUAUUAACAAAUAAUCCUGUUGGUCGCUCAUCAGUUAACGUUCUUCGGCCAAGUUAUAUGUUACAAUCAUUAUCAGAAUAUAUGUCACCAUCAUUAUCUAAGGCAAUUUUUUCCUCAUCAACAACUAAUGAGGAUAAAACAGCGACGUUAACUCCAUUGAAUAAUAAUCCAAUUCAAUCGAAUCCCAUUCGUAAUGCAUCAUUCACGGAUUCUUUGUCUGAUCGUUUAUCUACAACAAACAUAACCACGGCUUCGACUCGACAAUCGAAAACGAAAUUUUCGUAUUUUUUCGGUCGUUCGUCAACUCAUAAUAAAUCCAGUCAAAAUCAAACAUCAUUACCAUCACCAAAUAUCAAUCUUGACUCAUUAAAACGUACAAAAAGUGUCACGAAACUCGAACGACAAAAACGUCUUCAACAACCAUUAAUAACCCCAAUUAAUCCACAGACAUCUCCAUCUCUUCAUAACAUUCCAACAAAUCGAUCUCGUUCCCAUGAAUCUCUUUUUGUUCUCAAUGGUUCAUCUGCUAAUAAUUCCUUAGGAUCUGUGUCAACAACAAUUCCUAAUCAAAUCAUGUUAGAUAAUUGUCAUAUUCGUCGUUUACAUACGAGUAUUUUACCAAGUUCAUAUGAACAUAAUGAUGAACAUUUUCCAUCUUAUCAAUGUAUUGAAAUUCGAAAUAAAAAUGAAAAGAGAAAUUAUUAUUUACGUUCAAAACAAUAUUCACCGGAAUGUUCCUUAGUGGUUAAUAAUCUGCGACAAACAUCGCUGGAUACAAUGACAAAAUUACGUGGCUUAAGAACCGACAAUUCAUUAGAUAUUUGGAUUUUAGAAGCAAAAGGUUUACCCAUGAAGAAAAAAUAUUAUGUAAAAAUCUUUCUCGAUGAUGAUAUUUAUGGCAAAACGACGAGUAAAGAACGACGAGAGAUUCUUUUCUGGGGAGAAAAUUUUACCUUCAAAGAUAUUCCAGAAGGUUGUUCGAAACUUCGUUGUAAAAUUUAUCGAGAAACGGAACGACGAAAGCAAAAGCAAAUCAAUGGACACGACAUUGAUUUAAUCGGUUAUGUUGAUAUUCCUUUAUCAACAAUCACAGGAAAUCAAUUCAUUGAACAAUGGUAUCCAUUACAAAUUCCUUCGGGUUCAACUGUAACUGGAAAAGACAAAUCACAAAGAUUACAAGAUGGUUCAUUUAGUAUUCGAAUCAAAGCAAAAUAUCAAGCCAUUGAAAUUUUGCCUAUUGAAUCCUAUUCACAUCUACAAGAAUAUAUUCGACGAGAUUAUCUUCGAUUAAUUCGCAUUUUGGAACCACAUAUUAGUCUACGAGAUAAAGACGAAAUAGCAACAUCAUUAACUCGUAUUGCUCAAUCAUUGUCAUUUUCCACUUCAUUUCUUGUUGAUAUCGUUCAAGCAGAAAUCCUCUCGACACCUGAUAACACUUUAACCUUUCGCGGUAAUUCAAUCGCGACAAAAUCUAUGGAAGCUUAUAUGAAAUUAAUUGGUGAUACUUAUCUACGUGAAACUUUAACACGAUUCGUCACUGAUAUCGUGUCGUCGAAAACGUCCAAUGAUAUCGAUUUAGAAGUUGAUCCAGGUCGAGUAUCAAAUGUACAAAAUUUGGAACGUAAUCAAAUCACCUUGAGAUUAUUAUGUGAAAAAAUUUGGCUGGAAAUUCAACAAUCACAUUUGCUUUUUCCUCAGGAAUUAAAACGAAUCUUUUGGAAACUUCGUCAAUUGUCAUCGUCGGAUGAAACGAUGUUUAAUUUGAUUAGUGGUUCGGUUUUUCUUCGUUUUCUUUGUCCAGCAAUCUUAUCACCAAAUCUAUUUGGUUUAACUCAAGAAUAUCCAAAUGAAAAAUCUUCGAGAAAAUUAACGUUAAUCGCGAAAACAUUGCAAACUUUAGCCAAUUUCUCCAAAUUUGGUCCGAAAGAAUCGUAUAUGAAAUUCAUGAAUGAUUUUGUUGGAAAAGAAUCAGACAACAUGCGACGAUUUUUAGCGAAUAUCUCCACAAUCGAUCACGAUUAUGACGAACCACGUUCAUCUCAUCUGAAUAAUAUUUCUCACGACGAUAAAUGUGAUAUCGAUUUAGGUCGAGAAUACUCAAUUCUUCACUCAACACUUGCUGAUCUAUUCGAACAAAUCGAUUUAUCUACUCGUCGAACAUUAAACGAAUUAGAAUACGUUCUUCACGAAUUAACAAAUAUCAAACUCUUCUAUUCAUCAUCAUCAUCAACAACAAACAAUGGUACACAAAUUCAUUUACAUCAUCAUCAUCAUCAUAUUUACCAUCAUUCAACUUCUUCCGAUCAAUAUUCCACUCGUUCAGAUAAACAAUUUCUCGAUCAUCGUUCAUCUCCAUAUGGUAGUCAAAUCUCUUUAUCAUUAACAGGUACAGGUACGACAAAUGGUUCAUCUCAAGGUUAUCAUUCGAUAUCAACAUCUCCAACGAUAACAACUGUUGAAAAUCUCAAUAAAGAAAAUCUUCGUACACCAUUGUCUUUCAAAAAUCCUCUUUUCAAUCAUCAAUUAUCAAAACGAGAUGAACAUCUUCCAAGUGAUCUAUCCGAUGAUGAUGAUGAUGAUGACGAACGAACUCCUCAUUCAAAACAUCUCAAUCAAUCUCAACCAGAUCCAACAAAAGCACUUUAUUUCGUCAACAAUCUUUGCAUUGAAUCUCUUCCAGAGCCCAACUCUUCUCAUCAUCAACCUUUAGCUCAUUCAACUAGUCGACAAUCUCUACAACAACAACAACAACCAUUGUUUGUUUUAAAUAAUAGUUACAUGACACGAAGUACACAAAGUUUAGCCUCAUCAAACAUAUCAACACCGAUGACGAGCAAAAAUUCACCAACUUAUUAUUGUGUGAAAACCAAUGAUGAACUCAAUGGUAUAACAAAACGACCGACACAUUUCUCAUCCCAACCACCACCACCACCGAAAAUGGGAAUCAAAGCAUUGAGUCAUAGUUCAUCAAAUAAAGAUUUAAUGCUUCCUCAACGUUCACCAAUGUUGAAUUUAUAUCAAGAAGAGAAAUGUCGUCGAAUGGAAUGUGAGAAACAAGCUGAACGUUGUUUAACAAUCAGACUUCGUGAUGAAUUAAAUCGAUCGAAUGAACAAAUCGAAGAAUAUCGUCAUUUAAUUUAUUUAAUCAAUGAAAAGAAUUUGCCAACAAACCUUCAUGAUUUGAAUCGAAUUGAUUAUUUCGAUGAUGAUGAUGAUGAUGAUUGUCAACCGAUUGAAAAGAAUUUUUGCCUUGAUGAUCAUGGUGAAAACAAUUUUAUUUUUUUGUAUAGUAAACCAUCGGUCUCUGCAGACGGAGAGAUUGAUCAUUUAUCUAUACUUUCACAUCUAGAACAUGAGAUAACAUAA